AUGCCUCACCUUUUUGCCUCACCUCUUCAACCGGUGUGUUGCCAUGGUGACACUGAAUGCUCUAGGGCUCCUGCCGAGCCCCACGCUAGGAGGCAGUACCCUCUGUGCCAGCUCAGCCACCUGGUGCGGCCAUGGCGCAGGAGGCCGGAGCCAGAGAUGAGGAUUCCCCUGCGCCUGCCCAUGUGUGUCCCCGCCGCUCUGCCUGCCUGGAUCAAAUGCUCGCUGCAGGGAGGGGGUGCCCAGGACUCCGAAAGCAUAGUGAGCUAUUGGGUAAAUCCAAAGGUGGUGAAGAAAGCAGGCCUAGAUGUCUUCAAUGGAAACGAUGUCAGAAAAGUGUUUGCCUAUGGAGCUACCGGUGCAGGGAAGACUCACACAAUGUUGGGCAGCAGUGAUAACCCAGGUGUUAUGUACCUCACCAUGAAGGAGCUCUUCGGCCGUAUAGACCUGAUUAAAGAGGAGAAAGUCUUUGACAUGGCUUUCUCUUAUCUAGAGCUGAAGAGUAACGUGGUUAGUCUGGACAGUCAUAUAGGCCAGUAUGUAGUCAUAUGUGAGAAACAGAAGGCUGAGAUUAUCCUGCUGAAACAGAAACUGAAAGAGUACGAGGAGCGGAAGGUGGAGCCUCCUACCCUUAAUCCAAUCUCCAGCCAACGGAGAGCUGAAUUUGAGAAGAUGUCAGACUCAUUGCGCAGUGCGUUUGAGGCACAGCGGCUUGUGCGCCAGGAACAGCUGGACAUCGAGAAACAGCUGAAAGAGAACCGGAUGAGACUAAGUCACAGACAAGAGUGGCACCAGCAGAGCCUGCUCUUCUUCCCUGACAAAGUCGAGAAGGCCACCUGUAAAUAUGAGCGUAAGCUGGCAUCUCUGCAGUCCCAGCAGCAGCACCUUCAGCAGCGUUUGGAGGAGAGCAAGAGGCGCUUCCAGGAGAACAAGGGUUGGCUGCACCGCAUUGAAAAUGAAAUGAAGCUGCUCGGUCACAAUGGUCAAACUCCAGAGGUCAGCACAGCAGUCAAAGGGUUGUGGGUUAUCAGAGUGCAAAGCAUGUAGCUUUCUGACACUAAUCGGGGGUAAACUUCAUAGCCAUGUCUAAUGGAUUUGAUGUCUGGUAUUGGAACAGCAAAGAGGUUGUUAUAUUUGCAGUUGAAAUGCCACUACACUUGAAAGUGUGAUUGACUGUUUUGCCAACACAUAGAAUACCACCCAAAUCAUAGGAGAUUCAGCAUACUUUCUGCAGACAUG